GCGUGAUAAGCUUCAUAUCAUGUCAGUAUUAAAUGCAUAUUUGAUAUGAUAGCAGCUAUUUAAUUCGCGCUUAUACAUUGUGAUUCAUCUUAGGAAAUAUGAAAUCCCUAAAUUCGACUUUAAAUCAGUUUUAAAGAAACCACAAAUCUAGUACCAUAAGUGCUUCUUUCUUUUGAUUUUCUGAGUCUCUGUUUCGGUUUAGUGGAAUACGGUCAUAUAUUUUGAAAUUACAUUCUGUCAAAAAUGGAAACGGACAAUCGGGUCCUCAUACCAGACCGGCAUAAGAAAGAUGAAAGAGUGCAUUGUUAUUUGGCCGUACCACUCGUAGCCUGUAUCUGCUUAAUAGUUGGCUUGACAAUACUCGCUCUUUUCCAAUUACCAACUCCUCUGGGCAACGAUGCAAACCCUGGAGAAUUUAUAGGUGAAAGAGCGCAACGCAAUUUAGAACAACUGACUUCGCUAGGCCCCAGACCUACGGGCAGUGUAGCAAAUGAAGUGUUUGCUGUACAGUUUUUAAGUGACAAAAUAAAGGAAAUUAUUUCCGAAUCCAAUGGCCUUUACAAUAUCGAGACAGAUAUUCAGGUAGCAUCUGGGGGACAUUCUACUUUUGGAUACCCAUCCCUGUACGAAUCGAUCCAAAAUGUAAUUGUGAAAUUGACACCGAAAGGUUCUACGCUGGAAAGGUCGCUUUUAGUUAAUAGUCACUUUGACUCAGUGGUUGGAGCUCCCGGAGCAGGGGAUGAUGGGUCAAUGGUCGUUUCUAUGCUUGAAGUACUGAGCGCUCUUACUAAAUCAAAAGACGCCGUACGUCACCCCUUAAUUUUUUUGUUCAAUGGCGACGAGGAAAAUGGACUGCAGGCAUCUCAUGCUUUUAUCACACAACAUAAAUGGGCGUCGACAGUGAGGGGAUUAAUUAAUCUCGAAGGCAUGGGUGUGGGCGGAAAGGAGAUUCUUUUCCAAUCUGGACCCGGCAACAAUUGGAUGGUAGAUUCCUACGUGAAAAGCGCCAAGUACCCAUUCGCAUCAGUUUUGGGCGAAGAAGCAUUUGAGAAUAGACUUAUUCCAUCAGAUACAGAUUACACCAUUUUGAAUAGAGUUGCGAAUCUUUCAGGACUGAAUUUCGCCUAUAUCGAUAAAGGAUACCUAUACCACACCCCUUUGGAUAGCAUAGAAAAUGUCGAAAUUGGAACUCUGCAGCACACCGGUGAUAAUCUUCUGGCCCUCGUAAAAGCUGUUGCUAAUUCGGAAAAACUGAACCAAUCUAUUGAAAUAGAAGAAACCAGCAAACAAGUAUACUUCGAUGUUUUUGGUCUAUUCAUGAUUAAUUAUUAUAAAGAAACUGGGACGGCUGUAAACUAUGCGAUAAGUGUCCUGUCGCUAAUUGCCGUUUGCCUGUCGAUGUGGCUUAUUAAGCGUAAAACUAAAAUAUCACUUUCCGAAAUCUCUGUUCAAUUCUGGCUGAGCCUUGGUGUUCAGCUAGGCUCGCUGGCUAUCGCCGCAGGGGUAGUUAUUGGCUUAUCAUAUUUUUAUGACGCUAUCGGAUAUUCCAUGUCAUGGUUUUCACAACAAUGGCUUAUAAUCGGGCUGUACUUUUGUCCUUUCAUUUUUAUUCUCAGUAUCUUUCCGCUACUCUUCUUAGGAUGGAGAUCAUUUAGUGUUUUACCACUUGGCAUAGGCAUUCAACUAUUUCUCCAUUCACAAAGCGUUAUUUUAGCUGUUAUCAUCAUUGUAUUAGCUGAAAUGAACAUUCGCUCAACAUUCUUAGCUACCAACGUCCUAAUGUUCUACGUCAUAUCUUUGUUGAUAAAUUUGUCCACUGGACUGCAUGCCAAACCUUACCUUUGGGCUAUUCCGGUUCUUAUCUGUCAAGCAAUACCGCUCGCUUUUACAAGUUAUAUUAUGGAAAUCAUUUUCUCCGUUUACAUCCCGGUAACAGGAAGAUCAGCAAGUAAUCCAGAGACAAUGAUAGCUUACCUUUCGAUCGUCUCCUGCGUUUUGAUGUUCGGAUUUAUAGUUCCAAUUUUCGGCAUAUUUCGGAACUCAAAAUUGGCGGUAUCAAGUAUACUAAUAGUUUUCAUUGUGUUUUUUAUACUUAUUUUCACAAGCGUCGGUUUUCCAUAUACUCCAAGAAAACCGCAAAGGCAAUCAGUUUAUCACACUCAGCGAACAAGAUAUAAUGCUUCUGGUGCUAUAAUUUACAGAGAUUCUUUGUACUACAUGCGUCGCUGGGAUAGGCAUUCACUGGAAACACUGGAAGUUGUCGCUAACCGAAAUGGGUUGACGUUACACUCCGAUAGUGAAGACGGUUCUGGGUUGCGAUAUUUUUCAAACGCAUACUGGACGGAAGCGCCUUCACCUAAGAUUCAGAAUCCAAGUGUAAUGCAACUAGUCUCGAAGAGCGAAGUCGGCUCCAAAAUGUACAAAUACACAUUAAAACUAAUUGGAAGGCCGACCAAAUAUCGACUAAUGAUUGCCGCUAAUAAUGGUGGUAUGUUGACGGAUUGGUCUUUUGCAUCUCAAAGUCCACCACCCAAUACUCUAAAACAACAAAAUGUUUAUAUACAAUUUGGAAAAGAUAGUCUGCCUUACACAUUCUCAUUAACGUUGAGGGUUGUGGAUAGUUCCAAGAAUGCUCUGUCGAUUGGAUUAGUGACUGUUUAUUCAGAAAUGAACGAGUACACAGAAGAUUUUAGAGACUUUGUGCAUUCUUUCCCCAUUUGGACUUCUGUACAAAGUGCGCGGGAGAGUUAUGAUUGGUACAUAUUUUAAGCAAAAAAUGAAAAAUAAAUUAUUUUAAUAGAAUG